AUGCAACUAGACCCCUUCCACCUCAUACAACCCAUCACGCAAUGGGCCUCUCCCCAAAACCCAAUACCCCACACUCCCCUCGACACCCCGAACUCGGCCAACUCGUCACCAAUAUCUUCUCUGCCACCAGAGAUCCUCGCAGAGAUUUUCCUUCUCGCUCUGCCAGCGGACCAGUUCCCUAGCCCUUCCCCAUCAGCAGCUCCACUCAACAUCCUCAAUGUCUGCUCUCUCUGGAGGCAGGUGGCAAAGGCAACUCCCGCCCUCUGGUCCGCCCUACAUCUCAGCUACCAGAGUGCAGACGACGACGUGGCACCCACAGAACUAUGGCUUUCCCACUCGGGGAACAUGCCAUUGUCCCUGUCACUCUCAAUAGAUUUCGACGAGAAACCACAUCAGGCCAUCAUCGACGUCUUCACCAAGCGUUCCGCGCGCUGGAAGAACGUACGACUCGAGUUUCGCCAUCUUCAAUGUCCACCAAUGGAUAUUAGCACCUUCAACGUCAAACCCAUCACAGGCCUUUUGGCGACAGCCCCUCAUCUCAAGGAGCUGACAUGGGUCGACGACCUUGCAGAUGCAGAAACACUCCAUUCACUCCCACUUCCCCGUCUUUCCCGACUAUCCCUGUCCAUGGAUUAUGGAAGCUUGGACUACCUCAAACUUUUGAAUCUGUGUUCUAAUUUAGAACACAUCCGAAUCACUCGUCCAUUCCCCGAAAUCCAGCCUCCACAGCCUCCCUUGGUUCUCACCAAACUCACUUCCCUCAAUAUCGCCCACGACCUCACCGGACUCCUGGACCACCUUAUCCUCCCUUCACUCAAGCACGUUCGCGUUCACAUGGACUCUGGGGUUCCUGAACAUCUGAACGGACGUUAUUCAAGAGCCAUUCUAGCGCUUCCCUCGGCCGCUGCCAAUGGAACUUUAGGAAUGCUAUCUUGGGAUCCAACUUCACUACUAAAUCUGGUGGAGAGGUCGUCCUGUGCUAUCGAGACCCUCUGGGUACACGCCCCGAUGAAGGAAAGUGAUCUAACCAAGUGCCUAGAGGCAUCAUCUCGGACGCUCAAGUCCCUGACCCUAUCUGGAGGCUUGGUACUCGGGGACACUAUCAUUCGCUCCCUCACCCCUCGCCGAGUCCUGGCUAGCGUGCACUCCACCUCCUCACUCGAAGGGGAUCCGGACAAAUGGGGUUGCCUCUGUCCUUCUCUGUCGGAGCUGGUUCUAGACACACCUCUCCCAUCCACAAGUUCAUUGGUCGAAAUGGUUCAGGGCCGACUUGGGGUUACUCUCCCUUUGGCCAAUUGGAAUUCUGCUUCAUUAAUUCCCUCCGUCACCAUCGCCGCCGCCACUCCACAACUCCAUAUCGCUUCCCUUGGACGCCUAAAGGUCCAUUAUCCCUCUGGCCACAGAGACAUUGACUGUCUUCGAGAACUCUCGAGCGUGGCCAAUUCGGAGAACGCUGGCUCGUUCGACCUUUCCAUCGUGGAGUCGAGGACGGGAAAUGUGCGAGGUAGUUCUGCGGGCAGAACUAGAUCGUUCAUGUAUAGACGUAAAGCUUGUGCUAGCCGGUGA